AUAUCUUGGCUGAAUUCAAGUCUGCCUUGAGGAAAUCAGUGGUUAUACAUCGAUCGACGCAUAUCUUCACGCGUAGACAGCAGACGUCUGCGAUAUUCUGAUCACGCGGUUACUAGUCAGACAAAGCUAGGAUAUAAUGGGUGUCCCCGCUGGCGAUCCAGAGAAAGGAAAGAAGAUCUUUGUACAAAAAUGUGCACAAUGUCAUACGAUCGAAGCUGGUGGCAAACACAAAGUGGGUCCCAAUCUGCACGGUAUAGUCGGUAGAAAAACGGGCCAAGCUCCUGGUUACAGUUACACGGAUGCAAACAAAGCGAAAGGCAUCACGUGGAACAAGGAUACGUUGUUCGAAUACCUCGAAAAUCCGAAAAAGUACAUUCCUGGUACGAAAAUGGUGUUCGCCGGUUUGAAGAAGCCGCAAGAACGAGGCGACUUGAUCGCGUACAUUGAACAAGCAUCGAAGUAAGCUUAGACACUCGUCGACGAUGAUAAAACACGCUAGACGUGUUUGGCGGGGACAGAGGGAAAACUAGUACUAUUAUCACUCUUCGGCCCUCGGAGACCCCGCUACAUCACACUCGACUCAUUCAUUAAUUCUCCCCCAUCUGGUACUCAAACGUUCGAGCAACGUCCGAAUAGUGACGAAUUGUUGUUAUUAAUUAUAAGUAGGUGUGUCAUGCAUAUUAUAAUGUACAUUGACAGGAGUCGGUCUGAAAGAUCUUUUGGAUCUGACUCUGCUUCAUCGUAUUAAAGAUAUUCUGGUGCUCUCUUGUAGUGGCUGAGCCAUUACGUGCACUAUUAUUUAUUUAUGAAUACGAACUGUUCAAAACGUUCGAAUACAAACUGUAACGUAAAUGCAUAUGAAAAAUACAGAUUCGAGGACGAAUUUGUAAUCACUUCAUUUCCGGUGUUGUCGACUAACGUGAAGUAUGAGACAAAGUACAAAAAGGCAAUAUAAUGAUACGCCCUGUCAACAAAUUCGAUCAGAUCUUGUUGGUAUCAAACGAAAAGAAAUUGUAUUAAUUACACGAAGGAGGAGAUAGUGUCAAUAGUAAAAAUAUGAGAAUUCUAUUCGAGAAGUGAAUGGAAAUAAAAUAAAUAAUUGAAACGUC